UGAACUCUGGUGCCCAUGUGGUGAAAGAUCAUGAAGAUUCGAUCAUGGUAGGGCAGGAGGAAUAGGGCACGGAAGAAGGAAGAUGAUUGUUUUAUUAUUAUUAUUAUUAGCACUAUUAUUAUAUGCAGAUACAUACUUGCUCAUCAUACGUAUCGAUCUCCAUGUCCUCGUGUUUGCGUGUCCAUAUCCGGCAAUGAAGUUUCCCUUUUUUGUUUUGUUUUGGGUGGUAAACGAGGUUUUUCUGAGUUUUCUUUUUCUGUACUGUACUACUGUCUGUACAGUACCAGGAAGCUAGCAUCAGAUCAGUUCCGAUUUGGAUAGAAUCAUCUCGGAGUGCCCCUGAUCCAGCUGCUAAGAUAUCAGCAAUCUUGGGCUGUGGGUUACUAAUAAAGAACCCCACCUUUGUUUAAUCCUGGGGGAGUUUGUCAGUCUGGUUAAUUCCCAAUCCUGGCACCACUGCCACAAGAAGUUCCCAUGAUUUCAUCUCAUGAGAAGUUCCAAUCUUUCUUCAGGGGAUUUUGUUCCUUCCUUCCAUGAGAGUGCAGCCGUGUAGGCAGGUGAGGUGGGGAUUUUUCUGCAGUCACCACUCUUCUGUAAAUCCUCGUCAUGUCCCUAUCUAGCUUGUUUGGAGUAAUCCAGCUUGUUCUCUUUUUUUAUCUGCUGCUUUCAGUUCCCACUCUUGGCAUUAUUAUCCCCACAGGAGUAGGCCCCCCUGGUGGCAAAGAUUGGAUUAUGGGCUGAUUAGUAAUCUUGUUUUGGUGCAUGGCAAAUGUGGGCAGAAAGCAACACAGGGAGAGGAGGGGGGCAAGCAGUAGGCGACUCCCAUAUCUUUAUGGAAUUGGGCCAGCUUUUGGUCAUUAGAAAAGUUUUGCUUGUCCUCCCAUCUUUUCUUCUAUUCUUUUCUUCUCCCAUCUCAUCUCUGGGGCUCUGGUUCUGUGUGUAGAAAGAGAGCACAAUACUAGGUGGGCAUGGAGAUGGCCAUGAUUUCUUCGCCUCCUCCUCUCUCUCCAAACACUUCCCAAUAGAUUCCAUCCCCCCUCUCUAUCAUCCUGGGUAUCCACCCCCUUUCCCUCUUCUUAAUUGCAAAGGUUUCUGCACGAUAACAUUUGUUUGGGUUCUCCAGUGCCAUGCCAACAAUGGUGACUGCUGACUAGUUGUAGUACCACAACCAACUUGCUUCUGAAACCAGUAGAUAGGAGUCUUCAGCCUGCUUCUGCUGCCCCUCCCUGAUGCUUGCAAUUUUUUCCUUCCUAGGAGGAGAUUGAAAUUUGAAAGAGGACUCCAUCUAGCUAAGCUCUGAAGAGCCCGUGAGAGCCAGGCAAAGAAGAAGAAGGAGAAGAAUCAAGAGUUGUUACAGAUGGAAGGGGAGAGCUUCUCUGGGAUGGGGAUGGGGAUGGGGAUGAAUGGCGUUGGGGGGCAGCAAGGGGUGGACGGGAAGCUGAUCCAGACGUUCCACAAGAGCUUCGUGCAGGUGCAGAGCAUCCUGGACCAGAACCGGAUGCUCAUCAGCGAGAUCAACCAGAACCACGAGUCCAGGGCGCCCGACUCCCUCACCCGCAACGUCGGACUCAUCCGGGAGCUCAACAACAACAUCCGCCGCGUCGUCGGCCUCUACGCCGACCUCUCCGCAUCCUUCGCGCACCACGGCGGCGGCCACGGCGGCGCCGCAGCCUCCUCCGACGCCGACUCCUCCGGCACCCUCCGCUCCUCCGCCGCCGCCGCCGCAGCAGCAGCAGCAGCAGCCGCCGGGCACAAGCGCCUCCGGCCCGCCUAGCUAGGUGGCUCCUUCUUCGCCAUGGAUGGAUCCGUGUGUUGCUGCUGAUGAGGUGGUGUUGUUACUAGGCUAGUUCUUCCUUCCUGAGUUCCUCCCUUGCUGAAUUUCUCCUUUGCUGCGGGCGUUUCUGUUUCUGUUCCCUUCCUUCCUGAUGAUGAUGAGAAAAAGAGAGAAAGAGAGGAAUUUUAUGUAGAAGCUGAUGAGAAAGAAACAACGUUGUAGAAGCAGCAGCACUAGUUCUUUUGACAAAUGACAAUCUAUCUGCACUCAUGUUUCUUCAGCCUUUGUUAUUACUCCUGCUUGUAGAAUCUGUUUA